AUGCUGGCAACCUGCAGAAAUUGUCGUCAACGGCGGCGCACUCGAUACGAUGCUCACCGACUCGCGAAUCAGCCUGCACAGGCUCUCAACGACGACGAUAUCGACCCCAUUGAUGAUCGCCUCGCUGCCGCAGAUGGAGUGGACGUGGUCGAACCAGAUGAAUAUGCUCAGUUCUUCGGUGAUGAUAGCGACUUCAUGGAUAUUGACGUACCGGAGGAGAAUGCACUGCCCGCGCAAGAAGCCGAACUUCUAACAAAAUUUUACACGAAGCUUUCGGAGCUGUCUCUUGAGACGUGUGUUGUUUGUCACGAGCAAGGCUUUGACAUGAAGUUAAAAGACGGCGUAUGCUCACGCUGCCACCGCGAUCGUGCCGAACCUGUCAAGAAGUUUGCCCCCGCAAAUAAUGUCAGCCCAUCGCUGGAACGGCCCGCAUGCCUCAAGUACCUCACAGACAUGGAGGAGAUGCUCAUCUCGCGGGUUCUUCCCAUGAUGCAAGUGCGCUAUACCCGGGGC